UACAGGAGGAGGUAAUUGUGGGACGUAACGAAAUUUUCCGUGAUCGAUUUACGUUGCCCAGGCAACGAAUACGUUUCAAACACUUUGCUGACUUUAGAUGUGUUUCCAGCAGAUUCCAGUGUUUCUGGUGCAGCGAUGGAAAGGCAGCCCUCCUCGAGACCGUCGACCAACCGACCCCCAACAGGGAUGGCGGUUCCCCGAUCUGCGAUGCCGUCCAGGCCAAUAACUCAACAGGGUUUGAGCGGCCUCCGUCCGCCGCCCACUUCAGGGCAAGGUACGAAUAGGAUGUACCGCGACAAACGCUACUACACCUCGAAAAUCCAGGCUCACAUGAACGCAAUUCGGGAUGAAAUUAAUCGUCUGAAUAAGAGCACUCUCGACUGUAGGGUUGCCUCGAUAAAUCGACAGGAGAUGCGGCGAACGGCUGAAACUACGGCUAAAUCUUUAACGGAGAAACAGGAACUCCUGACCAUAUACAACACAGCUUUGGAUAUGCAUCUCUCGAAAACUCGCACCGAAGAGAUCGUAGCUGAAACGGCUGAAUUGAAACAGAGGAAUGAUUUGCUGCUCAAAGAACUGGACAACGUUUUCCAGAAGAAGCUCAAAAAGGAAGAGCAAAUCGGCGAAUUGAAGAUCCGCAUACAAGACGAAGAGGCUUUCAUCAAGGGUCUGAUUGAGAAAUUGUCGCCGGAGAGUCGCGAAAAGUAUUACGCCCUGGCGGAAGAGAAUAAGAAAGUGCUGGAGAACAUAUCGAACAUGCAGAGUAAAAUCAAAGAGUCCAAGGAGACCAUCGAGAAGUAUAAAGCGAGCAUCGCCCAGUCGAGCGGCAAGCAGAAAAAGCUUCAAUUGCUGAGGAACUUGACGAGGUUGACCACGCAAAAGGACGAAUUGGAGACGUUCGUACAAAAUACCUUAACCCCAGCGCAGCAGCGCGAGAAAUUGUUGGAUCAAGUGAAACAGGACAAAUCCGAUAUCGAAUCGUUGAUGAAAGUUAAGGAUUCCGUGGAGGAGGAAUUGGGCAAUAACGAGAGCCGUUUAGCCGAUUUGGAGCACGAGCUCGACGGCAAGGAUAAUGCCAGGCUGAAGAAGCACAAGGAGCUGCGGGAGCGCGGAGAACAUAUGGAGAAAUUCAUAGCCGAGUAUGGGGAUAAAUCCGAGGAGAUAAAGACGAAAAUAAAGGACGUGAAUGUGGAGAUAUCUUCGGCUCUCGAGUAUUUAUCUGAGAAUCUGACGGAAAUCAAUUUGAAGGAGCUGGACGUGAAGUUCGACUCUGGAGAGCAGAACACGGUGGAAGGUUGGAACAACAAGUUCAAACUGCUUACCGGACAAAUUAACAGGAUCGCAGCGUUGAAGCAGAAGUACGAAGGGGAGAUUAGCGAGAUGAAGGAGAAGAUGGGAAAGAUGCGCGAGGAAUUGGAUCUGUACAGCGACGUGGAGACAGGCAAGGAGAAGAUGGAGGAUAAAAAGAUGGUUCUUUUGGAGUCUCAGCUUCAGCUUCAAGGCACUUUGGAGUCGACGCGAUCCGCCGUCGUCGAGGCCAAGAAGAAGCGUGAGGAUUUGAAGAGCAGAAUCGAAGGCAACGAGGAGUACACUGAAAUUAUGAAAUUGGAAAAUCAAAUCGAAGAAAGCACUAAAGAAAAUGAAGAGCUGGAGAACAUUAUAAAAUCUGAGUCGAACAGCGAGGAAAUGGAUCAAGUCUUUUCGCAGCUUGAUGAACUUCUCGCAGAAAGGAAUUCGAAAUUGAUUGACAGCUUGAAAAAGAAUAAAUUUUAA